AUGGCCGAUUCUCUCCCACUCGGAAGUACUGCCUGGACAAAUGGGGAGGAAUAUGGAGGCGGCGAGUACACUAUGCGCAUCAACCGAUUCAUCGAUACAGUCAACGAAAAAGCCCUGCUCUCGCACGCCUCGUUGCUUCGGGGGGAGCAACCAUGCACUCUUUCUCGCGAGUUUUCCGUAGGACAUUUUAAUCUUGUGCGCAAGAUCCAGUUUGACGACGGCGUUGAGUGGGUUGUGAGGCUGCGGAUGCCUCCGAUGCCGGAAGAGGGCAGCGUGAUGGCCUCCCCGGAGAGCAUCAUGGUAGAAAUGCAGUCGGAACUUGCCACGAUGGAAUUUGUGCGGCAAAACACGGACAUUCCAAUCCCAAGAGUCUACGCCUGGGAUUCGAAUGCCCAAAACGCAGUUGGAUGCCCAUUUUCCAUGAUCGAAUACGUCCAUGGCAACACCGCGGAAGAAAUGUCUCAAAAGUAUCCUGGCGAGCAUGAAGGCAUCCCAGCGCAGUUUGAGGAGAAAUUCUGGCAGCAAAUGGCCAAGUUCAUGAUGCAGCUUGCCUCGAUCCGGGUACCAAAAAUCGGCUCCAUCAUCCGAGACGGCUCAGACUCGUUUGUCGUGGGACAGCUAGUUGAAACAGGCACGGGGCCGUACGAUUCUGCUGCAGAGUUUUACGCCGACUACCCUCUGGCGCUGAGUAAAAGCCUCGGCGAGCAGCCCGUCAGCGGGCAAGAGGAGUUGGUGCAAGCAUUCCGCUCCCUCGCUACUUCCUUUCCAUCUCCUGUGACGCGAGUGGGAGAUGACUCUGGCGAGGGGUUUGGCCUGGCCAACUACGAUCUCAAUCCGAAUAACGUCAUUGUUGAUCGCGAGUUCAACGUACUCGCCGUCAUUGACUGGGACUCUGUCAUCUCGGUGCCUGAUGCGGGCCUCUACCGCUUCCCGUAUCUGAUGGGCGUCAGCUGCGCUGUCCCAGGAGUUGUUGACGCACACCCCGCAGUAUUGAAGCGGGAGCAGCUUGGGCGGCGAUUUGCUGAGGUUGUUGAACAAGUGGCAAAAACGCAAGCGGGUAAAGACUCGGAAGGUGCGAACAAAUGGCCCAAGCACCUUUUUACGAAAUCAGGAUUUUUCUCCAAGGAGGCGGUGGCCUUUCGCUCGCUGCUAGACGUCAAAAUGCGUCAGGAUUGGGUCAACAACAAGUGGCUGCACGGUCUAAAAUGGUUGAGCGAGCACAAUGAUAUGCAAGUCGCGCAGUUUUAUCUCCAAGGUUGA